CCAUACAUUUCUCUCAAGUUGUCUUGUAAUUUCACUCAAUAACACCAUGAGGAGAGCUGCUUUAUUUCUUCUGCUGACGGCUCUCUUGGCCAAAGGACAAGAGCUGCACUGGGAAAACGGCUAUGACCAGCCUCUAAAUUUUAACUGCCCGGCAGGAAAGUCGAUAUCCUACAUAAAGAGCCAACAUGAUAAUCAUCAUGAGGACCGGAUGUGGGAGUUCGGCUGUAAAGACACCUUUGAUUCUGGUGCAGAAUGUUUCUGGUCACCUGACGUCAAUGAUUUUGACCAAAAGCUCAGCUAUGAGUGUCCACCGCACCACAUCAUUGCAGGAAUGAGCAGCUACCACAACAACAAGCACGAGGACAGACGCUGGAAGUUUUACUGCUGUAGAAGUAACGGCCACUGUACUAUGAGCUGUGAGUGGACUACCUAUGUGAACUGGUUUGAUGAGUUCUUCCACUGGACCAUACCAAACCAAAACUACCUGGUGGGUGCUGAAAGCUACCAUGAAAAUAAACAUGAAGACCGCCGCUGGAAGUAUGAGUAUUGUAGUAAAGUACAAUGCUAAGACUCUCAAAUGCAAAAACUCUCAAGUCUGAAAUAAACACAAGAUGGAAAUCACUGAUCCAAGAAUUUUU